AUUAUCUUUUAUUGAAGCUAAGUUGGUUCGUAGGAAGUGAGAAGGAGAGGUCGCCAAAAUAUUCUAUUGAACAUUACACCCAAGCUUUCUAAAAAUGCAUAAUUAAAAGAGAGAAACUUAUUAUUGUAAAAGACGAUGCCAAAAAGUCUUCGAAUGAUCUUUAUGCAUAAAGAAAUGAAGAUGUAAAUUCAACAUUUAAUCAAAGGAUCGAAUUGCGAAAUCGUGCCAGCAACGAUGACCUGUCCUCUCUGGACAGUUGGGCCCAGUCGGUCUUCACCAGAUCUUCCAUGGGUAGCAGCAUGAUGUCCAUUGAAUCUUCUGCUACUGGCAUCUCCUCCACCAACACCACACCGGGAGGAUCUCCCUCAUCUUCACCUGCAACAAAGAAGAAGAAACUCAACCUCAAACCUGCCCUCAAACUCGGUUUGGACAACGUCACUUGGACGACGACCAAAAGCAAGAGGCGAAGGCACAAAUACAAGAAAAACAUACAAGCAUCAAGUGCAAAAGUGAAAGCUGUCAUGAAACAAAGCAAGAAUCCGCAGUUUCGUUUUCGAAUGAUUCUUUUAACCCUGUUCGCGCUUAUCAUAACUCUAGUAUCUUUCACCUGGCACACGUACCAACAACAACUGUGGCAGAUAGCGAUUGGAAACAAGAUAAAAUUUCACGAAGGAAGCAGAAUUCUUCAUCUUUUGAACGAAGAUGGAACAGAACUCGUUGAAGCUGUUCUUGGAAGAGGAAUUCCAAGUGAUCUCAACCCAUACCAGUGUGAUAUUCACCAUCCCAAGGCUGCUACAAAGAUUUGUGAAGAAUGGAAGUACAGGGCAAAGCUACACAUGAACAUAUCCCACGGUUCGAAUCACAGUUGCUACAACAUUCAAUGGAAAAGCUUAGAAACGAACACCCUCUUGAGAGACUGUUUUGUGUUGAAGAACUCCCACUGGUAUGGAAUGGGUCUCCAAAGGGGUCUUCGAUGGCCCCUCAAAGAGACUCCAGGAGAUUUGUCAUUUCCUUUAGUAACAGGAGAUGGUGUUGAAGAAACGUUCGGUGGAAUUAUAGACCGAUACUGGUUGUCGUCAGAAGGCGUUGCGGUUCAUGCUGAUCCCAACAUUCCCCUGUAUGUGUCCAUAAGUGACAAACACUUGUGUUUACAGUCAAGAAAUGAUCAAGACUUUCCCUACCAAGUAAGUGACCCCAUAUAUUUGAAAUACACAAUAUGUACUGGGAACGAUAUGCGCGUACUUCACCAAGAUAUGAUGUUGAAUUACCGAUCCCUACUUAAGAAUAAUUCCAGCGGUGUGUUUCUGAUGUCCCCGAUUUGGAUUCAAUCCCCCGGUCAGGAACUAAGUCAGGAAUCUAUUCAGCAAUUUGCAAACAAAAUUAUGGAACAUACAGCCAGGCUUCUGGGUUUUUUUGUAUUGGACAGCAGGUGGCAACAGGAAGAAGGAAGUUUAGACUUCAAUAAAACAACAUUUCCGAACCCAAAGGAAAUUUUAAAAAUUCUUCGAAACAAAGGAUUUCGCGUUUUGCUAACUAUACAUCCAUUUGUGUGUUUGCCAUCUCGAUUAUUCGAUCAAGCUACGGAAGGACAUCACCUCGUUACGGAUAAAUGGAAACACGUACCACUUCUUACCAGAUGGCGAGGAAAAAUAUGUGGGUUGUUAGACCUGACAAGCAAUUCUACUGCCAACUGGUUGUUGGAAAGAUUGCUAAAACUGAAACGAAAGUAUGACAUUGAUGGGUUUGUGUUCACUGGUGGCCAAACCACAUACCUACCAAGAUACUACGCCUUCCACGAGUCUUCCACAAAUCCAGAUUUGUAUCUCCACCAUUAUUUGUCCCUUGCUGUUAAGUUAAACUCAUUGAUCGGAACAGAAGUUGGAUUCCUAACUCAAAGCUUGCCUGGCUUUGUGCGACUUACACCUCGAACAGUCUCAUGGGAUAGUUUAAGUGGUCUUGGAUCUAUUAUACCGGAAGUUCUGACGCUUAGCAUUAUGGGAUAUCCUCUUGUGAAUCCUGGAUCUGUUGGUGGCGAUGGUAGAGGUGAAAUUCCAUCCAAAGAACUAUACCUCCGAUGGAUGGAAAUGGCUCUAUUUUUGCCAAUUGUUCAGUUCACUGUUUCACCUGGUUAUUACGAUAGUGAAGUAAUUGAGACAGCUUUUAAGUUAUUCGCGGUAAGGCAAGAACUCGUGUUACCCAUUUACAAAAUGGCGUUGGAGCAGUUUCCAACUACCGCUGCUCCUCUUGUGCGACCCCUAUGGUGGAUUUCUCCAAAAGAAGAAUACGCUCAAAUCUGCGAUUCCCAGUUUCUUGUCGGAGAUAAAAUUAUGGUAGCGCCUGUUUUGGAAGAUGGUAAAAGAACACGUGAUAUUUAUCUCCCAGCUGGUUGGUGGAAAGACCAUGUUUAUGAUGAGGUGCGACGAGGAGGGAAAUGGCUUCAUAAUUACCCUGUUCCAUUGACUACGAUUGCCUAUUUUACUGUCCUAGAUGAUCAAAACGUUAACCAAUAGUCCUUGUCUGUCUUUAACAGUGAUAAAACACUUGUGUUUGAAGUUCAAUGUUUAUUUUUAAGUGCAAAGAGGUGAAAAAUAACUACAUAAUCAUCCUGUGCCUAUGCAUAAGAUUCAUAGUAUGUAUUAUAAUCAUGUUUUCUUCUCAUAUUGUAUCUACAUUACCUCUAUCACAAGUUUAAGCCCAUAAUAUCAGUCGGGAGACACAAAUUAUACACUUUAUCAAAUGUGAUUAAAAAUAACAACUAUCAAAAUGUUUAA